UAUCACCUUGGACGUGAGAGGACGAGACGGGGGCAUAAGCGUCCAUUGACCGAAAUUGGCGCAUCUAGAGCGUUUCAACACUUUCCCUCUUCAACUGAAGGACCGUACAGCUUGUCAUUGAACAUAAAACGCUCGAGCCCCUCAAUUCCUCCAUUAAUUUUCGACGAGAACCCCGCCAAUAUCCCGAAUUCGCCGAAACUAUGUCUGCGUCACGAUCCUUUGCGACUUGCUUGGCCAAGCUCCCGGCUACGGCACCACGAACAAUACAGUCAAUGCGACUUGGUCAGAAUGUACUGUCUCGGACGUCCAAGGGUCGAUCUCCUACAAUCUCUCGAUUUACUCGCUUCUCGCCUGUUUCCCAUAGAGCAUUUACUACCACGACACAACGGCGCCAUGGACAUAUUGACCCCCCGAAGCCCGGUGAAGAACUUUAUGUCACAUUCAUCGAGAAGGACGGCACAGAGAACAAGUUUGCUGUUUCUGAGGGGGAUAACCUUCUCGAUAUCGCCCAAGCAAACGAUCUAGAGAUGGAGGGUGCAUGCGGAGGAUCUUGCGCCUGCUCGACAUGCCAUGUAAUCGUUGCCGACGACGCAUAUUUCGACAAGAUGCCCGAGCCCGAGGAUGACGAGAACGAUAUGCUGGACCUGGCCUUUGGACUCACCGAGACGAGUCGAUUGGGCUGCCAAGUUAAGAUGACCAAGGAGCUAGACGGCUUAGUGGUGAAGCUGCCAUCCAUGACAAGGAACCUGCAAGCGAGCGAUUUCAGUUAAGAAGCUUAAUGAAGCACAUGUUUUGAUAUGAGAUGAGGAAAACUCUGUACUUGUAAAACUACUGUAUUUGGAAAAGACCGGGCGAUGGCGGGGAUUCAGGUGCAUCAU